ACUUUGCGUCUGUUCUGACGUUCUCCACGCGGAGAGAAAAAAAGACAUGAUGGAAAUUGAGAAUUCAUAUCCAUAUUUCUUUGGAGAUAUUGGCUGCUGGUCAGAGAGAACCGAGGUGCACAAGGCAGCGUGCCAAGGUGAGAUCACCCAGCUGAAGCACCUCAUCCAAAGUGGAGCUUCGGUCAAUGUCGUGGCAGUGGACUCCAUCACACCGCUACACGAGGCGUGCCUCCGCGGACAGACCCAGUGUGUCCGGCUGCUGCUGGAAGCUGGAGCUCAGGUGGAUGCAAGGAAUGUUGACGGCAGCACCCCGCUGUGUGAUGCCUGUUCAGCUGGUAGUUUGGAGUGUGUCAGACUCUUGCUGGAUCAUGGCGCCAAGGCCAACCCUGCCCUCACCUCCCGCACGGCAUCACCCCUCCACGAGGCCUGCAUGGGAGGAAACUCAGACUGUGUGAAGCUCCUUAUUGCCACAGGCGCUUGUCUGGAGGCAUACGACCUUUACUACGGGACCCCGCUGCAUGUGGCCUGUGCUAAUGAAAACAUAGAAUGUGUGAAAGAGCUGCUCAAUGCAGGUGCUAAAGUGAAUGCUGCCAGGCUACAUGAGAUUCCACUACAUCAUGCUGCUAAAAACAAGCGAGUUGAGAUAGUGGAGUUAUUGUUGGAGUUCGGGGCCAAUGUCUAUGCCAGAGAUCAGCACAACAGGAAGCCCAUCGAUUACACCACGCCAGGCUCUCCCACUGCAACCUGCCUGCAGCUUUAUGAGACCACCCCCAUGACUCUGCAGCAGCUCUGCAGGUUGGCAGUGAGGAAGAAGCUGGGCACCAGAGCUGUAAAGGCCAUAAGUCAACUAGACGUACCUAAACUCAUUAUCAGCUACCUCUGCUAUCAGUGAGUCUUACGUGGAGGACAAGUUGGAUCAAGGUUUACAGAAACCUAGAAACUCACAGACCUGCUGCAUAAUUUUAAGAAAAACACAGCAAAGGUGCCACUGCAUUAGACAUGACAAUAGUAGACGCACAGUUUAGCUGCACUUUCAAAUGAAUAGGAGUAUCCUAGCUCCUCUGUUGGAGUUGUUUAGGUGCUGUAAAUUAUUUCAUCGUAUUCACACUCACGUUACCCAUGGGCUUUAUCCAGGUAAAAGAAUUACUAAGCAAUUUUAGAUAACCAGAACUGGAAUACCCUUCAGUCUGUGAAAUGUAGACACCUUGUGCCAUAAUCAGACAGCAGGAUACCAGUCCAAUGAUAAUUCUCCUGCCUAGUUUGCUCUGUGACACUGGCCUUUAGGAGCGCAGAGCAUUCUUCUACUUGAAACAUGGCAAAGCGAAAAAGGAUGAUGUUGUUAAUGAGGUCGGUUCCCUGCAUGUCCCUCCUGAUCAAGUCAUGAAAGAUGUCACAAGAAAGAUCACCACCUGUAUCUAACACAAAGCAACAGCAGGGCCAGUAAUGAUGACAAAUGUAUGCACAUAAUUAAAUUGAUUGAUAACCUACAUAAUUUUACUUUUACUGUAUUAAUGUAAAUAUACUGUUUGGAUUUGGACACUUAAUGCUGGGGUAGGCAGUUUUGCUUCAUUAGGCAAAAAUCCUAUAAAAAGUAUAUUGUAAUCCAAGAGGUCUGGGAGAAAACCAGACUCCGACACCUCCUCUUGGCUCUGUUUUCAGGCUUUAGGAAAUCUAGGCUGUGAUGGGAGACUUUGCAGAUGUAUAUCCCUUAAGAUGGUGAAAGCCUGUUUCAGUGGCAGAGAAUCCUGCAAAAAAGUCGCUAUUCAACCUGCAAAGCAAACCCAAGAAGGAAGACAGAUUUAUCGAAAAGAGAGGCUAAAAAAGACUCGGACAAUAAAUGAAACAAAACCUGUGUCAUUAUCCGCAAAACGUUUUAGGGAUGGAUUGAAAAUGUUGCUGAUACUUGAGUCUUCUUUUUACCAGAGCCAAAAGCUCAUGGCUGCUUCAAGUUCAGGUUUAUAUAGCUAACAAUGGCUAAAGCCUUGAAUCACAGUGUGUCCUCCGCCUUACUGCUACAGACCACCUUGCUGGGAGGAGAAUGGGCAGCAGCUCCAGGGACAGAACCCCAGUCCGUGGCUGCAACAGUGUGCAAACGGGCAGUGCAGACCCACAGCCCCGACAACCCACAAGAGCAGCAGUGCUGGUAGUUUUCACUGGCCGAAUUCGAGCUGCUACAGCUGCAGACCAAAGGUCUGUCUAUCGAACUCCUGCCAACUAUCCUCCCGGAUAAGCAGUCCACAAUGGCGGGGAGCGAGGCGGAGAGUCAGUAUCUAGCUAAAUUCUGUCUCAUUUGUGGUUUGAUAUAGAAAUAGAGAGAGCAGUGUAAUGAGGGGCUGAGUGAGUGAGCUGCGUGCAGCUCUACAGUGACAUGAGAUUAAAUAAAUCAAUGUAUGGGAAACACUGGGUUACAGUAUGAAGCACAUGCAUAUACCUGUGGUUGUCUGGUGGGAGGGGCUUAGGAAAAAGAUGGGGGAGCUGCAGGAGGAGGGUGUAUUGUUUUGUUUUGUUUUUUGCUUUUUCCAGAUUCUGCCUACCCCAACUUGAACCUGCUGACAGGAAAUAACAACCUAUGAAUAGAGAGCCAAAUUGUUUCCCCAACAGAAGCCUAUUGUGGAAAAAGCUGCACUCACCUUUUCUCCAUUUGGCUUCCUUUAUUAUAAACUAUCACAGUCGCUAGCUGGGGUUGAUAAACAUGAGCACACUUUGUGAAGGUUAUAUUUGUUAAGUAUUUCUUAAUGGAGGUUCCAGUGUGUCAUCCUGCAGCUAUUAAUGUCUUAAAUAGAAUUUAAACAAAAAGUUAAGAACUUGCACUACCUGAGGAGAGUGUGUUUCUAAUAUUAGAUUUUUAAUGUGUUUUUAUUUGAAUUAGAGGAUAAGUGUCAGAGCUCAGGGAGAGGAAGAAGUCAAAUGGCACAGUUUUUGGCAAUGAAGGAAACUUCAGUCAUCAUUCUUCUGCUCAACUAAAGGUUGCUGGAUUUGCUGGGAAAGUGCAUGCAUGUCACAAAACUUGCAUGUGUACUGUAAAUGCUGAGUAGCGGUUAAAAUGUGAAAUGAGUCAUUGCGUGCAUGCUCAGUCAACAUUCCCUGGAUAACAAAAGGCUGUUUCUUUUAAAAAUGGAACCGGGCAGCGCCGUUGUCACAGCAGCACUCAGAUUGACACUCUCCAGAUGCUACUUCUCUUCAUUUCAGAUUCCCAUGAUUCACACCCCAUGCUUAGCGACAGCCUUUGUUUCAUACAGACACUGAAGUUCCAAGGAGACAGAGAUCCUGGCUGCCUAUUUAUAGCUGCGUGUCUGAUGCUCCACUAAAUCUGUUCGUAGAAAGGACCCAGAGAUCACGCUGAGGUCUUAGUGUCUUUAGAAGGAGGGGCAAGCUGUUUAUGAAUUCCAUGAAGUGCUUUAGAUUGUUUUAUUGGCUCUCUUCUAAGUUGACAUGACCUAUUUGUGAAGUCUUAUAACUUAUCCAUGUAGGUCGAAUUAGGCCAGACACCCACUUUUAGAUUUUGUUGGCAGGCUUCAUAUAAUUUACUCCCUGACACCAAAACACUGGCAGAUAACUAAGUGUAACUUAAGUAUUUUACAACCUGAACCCUAUUUUCACGUGUUUUUGUGUCUAAAUGACCAAUGAGAACAACAAUUUUUCGAAAAUGGUCAGGCAUUGAGUAAGAGCGCUGAAGCCGGCAGCUGCGAAACAGGUUGCAAUAUCGCACUGUCAUUAUACGUUCACUAAAAGUCCCUUCUUUUUAUCACUGACAGACUCAAAUUGUUGUUUGAAGUGUCUGACAUUAUGAAAAUGAUCCCUACAGAGAAAGAAAACCUUUGUUUUUACCUUUCCCUUUCCAGUAUGUUUGUUUGUCUUCCCACAAAAACGUAACUGCUGAGACUUCAAAGCGAGACGUCUCCUUCAGUGACACUUGGUUAGACACAAUAAUCAAGCAGUAAUUAAAGAAAAUGUUUUAUUAUUAUGUUAUCAGACACUUAAAAUAAAAAAUCUGAGCCUGUCAGUGGCAAAAACAAGCACUUUUAGUGGACAUACAUUUAUGGCCUACUAUUUUGAGGUUGCCUUCUGUUGUGCUCUCACUCAACACUAGACCAGUUUGAAAAAUGUGUCAUUUCCAUUAGUCGCAAACAGGGUCCAGGUUGAAAAAUACAUAGGAUUCCCUUUAAAGACAUGUGCCAGCACAGGAUAAAGUUUGGGAAUACACUUGAUUGAUAUCAACAGACCAAGAAAUCAAAUUGUUUGGUUGCAUUUUCUCGGCCUUCUCCUUUUUUUUUUUUUUGCCCUCACCGAUGAUCUUAACUUUAGCUGCUGCUGUUGUCACCUCAGAAACACAUUCCAUCUUUAACAGAGAACUUAAUUCUAAGUACUUCAGGAUAUUCUGGCUUUGCUCAUGUGAAAGCUGCAUUAGACCAGAAUUUUACAUGAAAAAUAAUAGCCUCACUAAACUAUGU